UAUUAUAUCCAUAGUCUUUGCUACCUAUAAUAGUCACGGGUUUACUUUUUUAUAUGUGUAACAAAUUAUCUAUGCAAAAAAAGUCGCAAUCUCAAACGAUCAGAAGCUUUAAGAUUCCUCACAAUUUUAUUUACCAUUCAUCAGCCACGAAACGACUACCUUUAAGGUCUAAAAACUGUCAGAUUAAAGAACAAACACCUUAUGACCUUAUGAGCUCUUAAGAAAAGAAGAAGGAUACUUGUGUAAUAUGGUGUAUCAAGAUGGUUCUGAAAUGGAUUUACCAACGAUAGUUACUUCAAGACACACUUUAUGAACAAAUAUUUUAUGGAAGAAAUAAUUCUGUGAUUUGACUUCAUCAGAAAAAUACUAACUACGGAAAGCUCUCCGUUUUUUUGGAUAGAUAAAAAAAACUCUUUUGGAUUAAUCACAUUGUCAAUGAAAUAGAGACUUGAAUAGCUUUGAUUAUUCACAUUCAUAAAAACAGUGAAAAAUAUUUGUUUUAGACAAUUGGGCAAUUUCCUUUAUUGUGUAAAAUUGCAAUACAUUAAGCUUAUCUAAAAUGAGACAAAGUAAACUGUAAAUGUUUUCAAACGGUACCAGCGAUACGAAUCUCAAAACGUGCAAAUCUGAUCGUAAUGUACACAAUAAUCUUUUUAUUAUCAGAAUAAAAUUUACGACUGCCAAAUAGUAUAACGCCUUCAACAUAAAACAGCACAGAGUGGCGGAUAUUCCGCAGGGAAAAGGACACUGGAAUCACUGUAAUAAUUCUAUAACUGAUGCUAUUUUAAUAUGGACAAUAAAGAAAGGCAGCAACAAGAAAAUAAUCCGGAGGAAGGUGCUAGUUUUCUUUCUAUACUCUCCUUUGCAUGGCUAUAUAAAAUUUUUCGCUUGAGAUAUGAAAGAGAUUUAGAAAUCAGUAAUCUUUAUAAUUGUUUAAAACAACACUCUAGUCAAACUUUAGGAAAUCUUAUAUCCAAAAUCUGGAAUGAAGAAGAAGAAAAAUGCAAAGAGGAAAAUCUGCGAAAGCCCAGUUUAUUAAGGGUGCUUUUAAGAUGUUUUGGCAAAGAACUAAUAGUUAUGGGUCUUUUGCAAGGAUUUAAUGAACUUUUUAUUAGAAUUUUUCAAGUAGUUCUAUUUUCCAAAAUAUUACAAUGUCUUAAUGACACAGAAGUUUACUAUUGGGCUUCAGGCUUUGCUGUCUGCUUGAUUUUGAGCUGUUUUAUGGAAUGUCUGUCCAAUCAAUCCGUCACGAAAAUGGAAAUGAAAUUUAAAAUAUCUUGUUCUGCAUUAAUUUAUAGAAAGUGUUUAAAGCUGACAAGAUCAUCCGUAGAAAAUAGCGACGUCACAGUGGGUCAGGUUGUCAAUGUUUUGAGCAAUGACAUCAACAAUUUUCACGAUAGUUUCUUUGGUUUUCACUAUCUCUGGAUUGCACCGAUUCAGGUCGCCAUUAUUACGAUAAUACUAUACCAAAAGCUGAAUAUCUCGUGUUUUGCGGGUACUUUGAUUAUUUUCUUGCUCAUCCUAUUACAAGGACAUAUUGGAAAAUGGAUCAAACAUUUAACAUACAAACUCUCACUACGGACGGACAAAAGAGUUUCCUUAAUGGAAGAAAUAGUCAGUGGUGUUCAAGUAAUUAAAAUGUAUGCUUGGGAGAAGUCUUUUGCUGAUUUAGUGGACAAAGCGAGAGCGAAGGAGAUAAACGUAAUUAGAAAAAUAUCCUUUAUUGACGCUCUUACAGUAUGUCUUGACGUUUACACACCUCGUCUUUGUAUUUUUGCCAUUGUAUUGCUUUACGUUUUAUUUGAAAAUCACAUUUCUGUUGAACAAGUCUACUUAGUAACGGCUUUUUAUACAACAAUAAGAUUUUCUGUCAAUAUUUGUAUGACUCUUGGCAUGCAACGUUUAGCUAAAUGUCUAGUAUCCAUCAAACGCAUUCAAGAACUGUUAAUGCGUAAUGAAAUUCAACAUUCAAUAACUACAAAUUUUGAUAAAAAAAACAUCGAUCAUAAUAACGCAAUUCAGAUUUAUAAAGCAUUUGCAAAGUGGUCGCCCGACAAUAAAAAAAGCACAAUUCAGAACAUCAGUCUUAUAGUUCAACGUGGUUCACUUUCAGCAAUUAUAGGACAAGUAGGUGCGGGUAAAAGUAGUUUGCUCCAACUCUUACUGAAUGAACUUCCACUUGAAAGUGGAAGUAUUCAAGUAUCAGGAAGAAUAGUUUAUGUAAUUCAGGAACCUUGGGUAUUUGCCUCUUCCAUAAGGCAGAACAUUCUUUUCGGUUUACCAAUGAACAAGAAACGGUACCAAGAAGUAAUUAAGGUUUGUCAAUUGGAACAAGAUUUUUCCAUAUUUCCAUUUGGAGACAAGACGUUCAUUGGAGAAAAAGGAAUGACAUUGAGUGGGGGUCAAAAGGCGAGGAUCAAUCUGGCAAGGGCAGUUUAUGUUGAUGCUGAUACUUAUCUUUUCGAUGAUCCCCUAUCAGCUGUUGAUAAUUAUGUAAGCCGAAGAAUAUUCAAAGAAUGUAUCUGUGAAUACCUGAAGGAAAAGACGCGAAUUUUGGUAACACAUCAAGUUCAGUACUUAGAAUCAAUGGAUCGAAUAUAUAUUCUGAACAAUGGGUUAAUGGAAAUGGAAGGAAGCUACACUGAGUUAUCGCAUACUUCAGAAUUAGAUUGGGCCAAGGUACUACCACUUAAAGAUAAUGAUAAUAAUCAUAACGAUAACGAUGGUGAUGAGAUUAAUAAGAAAAUGAAGACUACAGAUAGAGAAGAUCGAUUAAAAUUACUCAGGAGAAACUCUGAGGAUCCAGAUCCAGAAGAGAUUCCUGAACACCGAACAGUUGGAAAAACCUCAGGAACUGUUUACAUGUCUUAUUUCAAAGCUGCUGGGAGUAUAUGGAUUUUACUCCUGGUGAUAUUACUGGGUGUACUUUGCCAAAUUGUUGCCACAUCUGGCGACAUCUUUUUAGCCCGUUGGGUAAACACAGAACAUGAGAGAGGAAAUGGAACUUUAUCAUCCAGUUCUGACAAUAUGUGGUAUAUUCAGAUAUACACCCUUUUAAGUUUGACAGCUAUAAUUCUAAUGCAUGCCUAUUAUCUGGUUUUCUGCGAAAUGUGUAUGCGAUCAUCCCAGAAUUUGCACAAACAUAUGUUCUUUAGCGUCAUGCGGACGACAAUGUCAUUCUUCCAUGAUAAUCCAUUUGGAAGGAUUUUAAAUAGGUUUUCAAAAGAUAUCGGAACUGUUGACAGAGGGAUGCUGUUGAUUAUGAUUUACGUCGCACAAUCUUGUUUACAACUGGCGAGCGUUGUAGUCAUCAAUACUUCUGUUAAUCCUUGGCUUUUAAUACCUACCGUAAUAGUUGGUUCAGUAUUCUACUUAAUGCGCAGUGUUUACAUGAAAACAAGUAGCAGUCUCAAACGCUUGGAAGCUAUACAUCGAUCGCCAAUUUUCAGUCAUGUCAGCGCUACACUCCAAGGUCUCACAACAAUUAGAGCCUUGAAAGUUGAAAAAAUACUUAUACAAGAGUUUGACAAUUACCAAAAUCUUCACUCAUCAGCUUGGUAUCUCUUCUGUUCUUGCGUAUCUGCCUUUCUUAUCUAUCUAAAGUUUGUUUCCUAUCUCUAUAUAACUCUCGUCUUGUAUCUUCUUGUAUCUGUGCGUUACAAUAUUUCUUCAGGAGACGUGGGUUUAAUCAUAACACAAUGCAUUUUGCUUUCUGAAAUGCUGGUCUGGGGUAUUAAGGAAACUACUGAGUUGGAAAUCCAAAUGACAUCUGUUGAAAGAAUCCUGGAGUAUAGUGACUUGGAGCAAGAAGCACUCUUAGAAACGAAACCAGAACAAAAACUAUCUGCUCAGUGGCCCUCAGAAGGACGUGUAGAAUUUAAAGAUAUUUCUUUAAGCUAUAAACCUUCAGGAGCAUUGGUACUUAAAAACCUGAAUUUUUUAGUAUUGCCAAAAGAAAAAAUAGGUAUCGUGGGAAGAACUGGAGCUGGAAAAAGUUCUUUGAUUGCUGCCCUUUAUCGAUUAGCUUAUAUGAGAGGAGAAAUUUAUAUAGAUGGUGUAGCUACUGGUGACUUAGGUUUGCAUGAUGUUCGAUCUAAUCUAAGCAUUAUUCCGCAAGAACCUUUACUUUUUGCUGGAAGCCUCAGAAGAAAUUUAGAUCCUUUUAAUAAUUAUUCUGAUGAUGAAUUAUGGCAAGCGUUGUCAGAAGUGGAACUGAAAAGUUUCAUUAUGGAUUUACAUGCUGGACUUGAUUCCAAAGUAUCUGAUGGUGGAUCCAACUUCAGUGUUGGUCAACGACAGCUUCUUUGUUUGGCACGCGCCAUUGUCCGAAAAAAUAAAAUUCUGAUCCUUGAUGAAGCCACUGCCAAUGUGGACUCUCAAACAGAUAAGCUAAUCCAAAAAACUAUCAGGAGGAGGUUUGAAGGCUGUACAGUUUUCAUCAUUGCACAUAGAUUGAACACUGUAAUGGACUGUGAUAAAUUUAUCGUAAUGGAUUCUGGAUUUAUGGUGGAAUUUGGCCACCCUUAUGAGCUACUGAGAAAAAAAGAAGGGUACUUGUAUAAGAUGGUGUGUCAAAGUGGUCCUAUAAUGGCUGAUAUUCUAACAAAGAUGGCUGAAAAUACUUGCCGUUGAUUCAUUUCUCACAUUUAUUUGCUUAUCUGUCUCACAAUCAGUAUUACGUAUUAUUGAAAUACUGUUAUCUACUUCCAGCAUUACACGCAAGGCCUAUGAGCUGCAAUUAUGCACUACAAACUGUAAUCAAGUCUUUACGGGAAAAUAAAUAUUUUGAAGUCUAAAAA